GCGAAAUAGUGUGGACAGAAAGUCGGCGUGCAGAAUCCAGUUGACGCGGAAGCGUGCUGCGGUUCACGGAGGCGCGGCUUUGGAUCUUUAGCCACACCGAAAUGCUCGUGAUGCGGUCGUUGCACCGGAGCAGCAGCCACGAUGGCGUGUCCGCACGUGCUCAAGUACACGAAGAACUGGCCUACGCCAAUGUACACCUUGCGGCGACCGAGCAUGCGGACUACUCUAUCCGCUGUCGCCUUCGCGACUGUUCAACAUCCAAGUCGAAAUGUUCGACGGCCGCGUGAACCACGACGAGUGUUUCUUCCAGCAGAUCCUUCCACUAGGCAUGUUCAUGGGUUCGUUGAUCACGUUCAACCUUGCCGAUCGCUUGGGAUGGGCCGCGAUGCUCGAGCUCGCCACCAUUCCGUACUGUACUUUGUACGUCCUGGGUUGGUUGUUUGUAGGCGUGGCGUUUGGCCAAGUCACACUCCGAAAUAUUAUGAAUAUUUUUCAAACGACAGCUUUUGUGUGUUUGGCUACCAAUCUACAUAUAUUAAUAUAUAG